AUGUCGCGGCACCAGCUCGCCCGCGAGGAGUGCCGCGGCGCGCCCCCCACGGCGCAGCCGCGGCCGAGGUCGCAGGCACAGCCGCGGCCCAUGUCGCGGCACCAGCUCGCCCGCGAGGAGUGCCGCGGCGCGCCCCCCACGGCGCAGCCGCGGCCGAGGUCGCAGGGCGCCGGGCGGGCGCCGGAGGCCUGGGGCAGCCGCCCUGGCACGCGAGGCACGCUGCCGUCCACCGCGGCCGCCUCGCCGAGGACUGGGACCUCGCAGGCGACCCAGCACGUCCUUGUGCACCACGGCGGCGACGCCAUGGCAAACUCCGAGCCCGCGGCCGACUGCGACAUUCAAGCUCGACACGGAGACCUGCUCCUGCCGCACCCGGCGCACGUCACGGGUCUCUGGGCGCGCAGCCUCGUGCCCAGCAAGCAGGCGCCGCAGCAGCUGCCGCGGCACGCCGCCGCCUGA